CUCAGUGCUCAGGCAGAUCACUCGAGGCGCCCCCCGUCGAAUCGCGGUUAGAUCGAUUGGCGAGAGAGAGAGAGAGAGAGAGAGAGAGAGAGAGAGGCAGUGAUGAUGGCGAAGAUCCUGGAGGGCCGCCCGGCGAAGAUGGGGUUCCGGAUGCCGGCGGAGUGGGAGCCGCACGAGCAGUGCUGGAUGGGAUGGCCCGAGCGUCCAGAUAACUGGCGGGAGAAUUCUGGUCCAGCUCAAGAGACAUUUGCGAGGGCUGCAAUUGCCAUUUCAAAGUUUGAGCCCGUCACAAUAUGUGCAAGUGCUAAGCAGUACCCCAAUGUCCACAAGCUGAUGGAACAUCAGACGAACAUCAGGGUGGUUGAGAUGAGCAUGAAUGAUUCCUGGUUCCGUGAUAUGGGGCCCACUUUUAUCACCCGUAAAGUCGAGUCAGGAAUCGAAAAACAGACAAUAGCAGGAAUCGAUUGGCAAUUUAAUGCCUGGGGAGGAAUCUAUGAUGAUUGGAGUCUUGACAGCGAUAUUGCCAAGAAAAUAGUUGAGAUUGAGAGGAUCCCUAGGUCUUCGCACAAAAUGGUUCUCGAGGGUGGAAGCAUUCAUGUAGAUGGAGAAGGUACGUGCAUCACAACGGAAGAAUGCUUGCUGAAUCCUAACAGAAACCCCAACAUGACGAAAAUAGAGAUAGAGAAUGAGCUGAAGGAUUUCCUUGGGGUCACAAAGGUCAUCUGGAUACCUCGUGGGCUGUACGGUGACGAGGACACAAACGGCCACGUUGACAACCUCUGCUGCUUCAUCAAACCCGGCGUGAUCCUCCUGUCCUGGACGGAUGACGAGAAGGACCCCCAGUACGAGAGGUCCGUCGAGGCGCUGUCGGUCCUCACCCAAUCGGUGGACGCCAAAGGACGGCACCUGGAGGUGGUGAAGAUCCACGUCCCGGGGCCUCUGUACAUGACAGAGGAAGAGGCGGACGGCGUUCUUUCAACGGGGCACGCCGUGGCGAGGGAGCCCGGCACGAGGCUGGCCGCCUCGUACGUGAACUUCUACGUCGCCAACGGCGGGGUCGUGGCGCCGGCCUUCGGCGACGACAGGUGGGACAAAGAGGCGUACGCGGUCCUGCAGAAGGCGUUCCCUGACCACGAGGUGGUGAUGGUCGAGGGCGCGCGGGAGAUCGUGCUGGGCGGCGGCAACGUCCACUGCAUCACGCAGCAGCAGCCCGUGCGCCCGUCGUAGGCGAGCCGGUCGGCGUCGACGCGUGCGAUGGCUGGCGACGAGGGACAUGCUGUGCCCAGUAGCACUGGUAGUAGGAGUGUCCAUCUCCGGUCGUUGUCGAGCUCGCCAAUUCGUGCGGGGAAUAAGACCUGUCAGCAGCUGGUUGACGGAUGUGAAAUGUUCAGGCGCCAUCUUAAAUUGGCAUUGAAAUUUGUGGUGCCGGCCGGUUGAUGAAUGAUGAUGUUCACGAUA